CUGAGAAGCACCACUUUACUGUUAAAUCUCCCUGUGGGGACUUACUGGGCAGUUGGCUCUCACUUUUCCUCAAGAAUUUCCUGCCCGCCCGACCUUCUUCUUCCGAGCUUUAUCUCCGCUUCUUCACCUAGGGCGUUCUCCGCUGUCUACCUGGUCGUUUGGAGCUUUUCACGGCUCAGACAGUUGAGCUAGUAGUUCGACCGUGGCGAUUCUCGAUACCUGACACUAGAACGCUUGUCUAACAGAUGUCGCAACCUGUUGGCCUCACAGACUCGAGAAUUGUUAUGGCAGAGCAGAGCAGCCACGAUGUGGUAAAUCAAACCCUGUCGGGCGGCGAGCCUUCGCCUUCCGACGUUCCUGCGAGCACCAACGACAAGAAAUCUGCCGGAGGGGACGUGGGGGAGAUCAAACAUACCGCAACGACGCAACCCGAAACGGACACGAACGCUGAACAAGGCACACAGGAGACGGGUACCUCAGAAACACUUAACAAAAAUCACGCUACUGGGAAGGAUGUGGAACAAUCAACGACUGAUACUUCAAGACAAGGUCCUAGGCCCGUGGCGACACGGGCGCUUGAAUUGAAUGGAGUGACAUCUGGUUCCGAUGCUGGAGAAGACACGGCCUCACAAGGUGGUUCAGAGUCCGAUGCUAGUCGAACGGAGAGCAGACUUCACUCGCGUGCAAGUUCGACAAAAAGACCAACGUCAUUCAAGCCAGUUUCCUUCGCGAAAUUUUCGGUACCUAAAGCUCCAGGAACACCUCCGACUGCCAAAGUUUCCGAAAAAGCUCCGCUGUCUUCAACUACGCCGUUGGGGGCACCGCUGCAAAGCUCACGACCACGCUUGGUCGCUAAGACUACCAGCAGCUUGCGCGACUCAUUAUCGAAAACUGGGACGAGCGCAGCAAGGCUGGGUGGAAGUGGACCUGAUCCAAAUCAAGUUUGGAAUAGGAAUCGACCGGUCCAACAGACUCCACCGAAGCACCUGACCGACGAAGAACUUAAGCAACAGUAUGGAAUUCAUAUGACGUCGCGUAUUCAAGAAGAUGGUGGUGGCACUGAGGGGAAAUGGGCCGAUAUAGACGAUGAUGAAGAUGACUGGGCUCCGGAAACAAUUGAAUGGACCGAUGGAACGAAGACAAAUCUUUCCCAAGUGGAACAUUCUGCGGCGACAAAGCAAGAGAACAAGGCCACCACAGAGCUAAGGGACGACUUUCCUCCUCCACGCUCUGAGCAACCCCUCACUGCCAAGGAGACUGCGAAAUUAGUUCCAAAGCCUAUGACUUCGGUUGGACCGAACCCUACUGUCCUCAGGCUAGGAGCAAACGCAGAAAGGCAAGCAAAGAGUGCUAGCAUCUCUUCUAAAGGCACAAAUGAUAAGUCACCGUCGCUAUCUACAAGUCCGGCACCGCCCCCGGCCAAAUCACCAUGGGCUCCUUUACCACCAGUUGAGAGAGUAUCUCCUGUCAUACCUCCUAUGCAAGUCCAACCCCAACUACAUACUUCGCCCAGGGAACCGCAUAUGAUGGAACGCUAUAGUGGAGCUACACAUCCGAAGGAGAUUGCGGCAGACGAUUUCAACCGAUCAUGGAGGGAUACACAGUCCGGUACCCGUGAGCUUUACAACUCCCGGUCAGGUCGCUAUGAGCCAGUAUCUGAGACUAGGAAGGGAACUUGGCGUACUGAGCAGAGCUUCCGUACCCCAGCUGUGUUGCAAAGGCCAGUGCAGGGCGAACAAACAGGGCCUGCGGAGCCUUCCCCCGCAUUUCAGACACAUAGGUCGAGCGGACAAGAUGGUGUCCACUGGACGCGUCGGCGAACUUCGUCUAAUGUCAGCGGCGGGAGUGGCAGCUUUGCACGUCGGAUGUCAAUUGGUCGACCUGAUGGAGCUCAGCGGUCAUUUGAGACUAGAAGAGGGUCACAGGCGAACGGUAUGGUUGAACCGCCGUUGCCAGGCCUGGUUCCUUCAAAAGAGGCGCCUUUGCGCGAACCUUCGCCCGCUCGACGUGGCCCCGGUCAUUCAUGGCCUCCGCGCGGUGCAGCGGACGUACAUGAAAGGGCUCCUGGUGCACCUGAUGGCACGAGCCAGCCAUACGUUCCUUACGGUCCUAACCAAGCGGGGGCGCCGCAAGCACCCCAGGAAGAUCCAGUAAUCAUGCAAGAACGUAUCAUGAAAGAAAAAAGGAUGGAAGCUCGGCAGCGAAGGCUGGAGCAAGAAGAAAAGGAGGAAGCUGCUAAACGAGAACGGAUCCGGCAGAAGCUCGAGGCGCUUGGUCCGCCUCCUGAAAAGCCCAAGCCGCAGCGCAAGGAGACUCUGGACAGCAGUAGGCCCGACACUAUUCCCUCCCCUGUUGUUGCCCAGACAUCCCUGUCACCUCCCAAACCCCCAGUGCCGGAACCAACAGGGGAACCGAAGCAAUACGGCAUGAUGAAGGUCCAUCAUCCAGACACAGUAAGAAAGCUAGUGGAGAGGGAAAAAGCUACUGAAAAGUCGGCGGCCCAUGCUCGGCGCGUCCCUUCGUCUCCCCAAGAGCCUAAGCCUGACACUACCGAACUCCAACAACCUGCCGAUUCUCAAACACAAACACCUGAAAAGUUGACAGACAGCAGGCUUGAUGAGCAAUCAUCCCAGUGGAGGGGUGGUCUCAAUACUUCUAGCUCAUACUCACCGUGGUCUCCCAACGCCAAAUUAGUCGGGACGCCUCCUUCUAUAGCCAAUCCAUGGAAGCCCCUUAGCAGUGACAAGACCUUGGGUAACGGCAUAUUCGACCAGACUCUUGGCGGCUUCCCGCCAAGGGAUCUUUCCCUGCGCAGCCAUCUUGGUUUAGAUCAACCACCUGUCGCUCCAGGCUCACAACCGUUUUCUGCACCUUCUCGAUCUCCUCAAGAAGCUACAUCGAUAUCACCCUUACCGUCUUCUGAGGUAAGACACACUUCAUACGAGUCUAUAAACCCCAUCACCCGCCCUGGACCCAUCGGACCUCCUAGUUCGCACCAUCCUCCGUGGCAACAUGACAACCGCGUUGCUGGGACUGCUGCCUGGAAUAACUUCCAUGCAGUUGCCGCUAAGCGCGAAGCAGACGAAAACGAAAAGCUUCGCAAUGAGAUGAAUGCGAUGCGCGAGGGGCCAUCUUCUCUACAGGCAACUUUCAACGAAACCUGGCGCCAGGUACGCACUGGAGACCAGGCUGGGCAGAGACAUGUUGUUGGGAUAUCUAGAACAGCAGACAGCAGCGCGCCAGUCCCACCAAAUCCUCUUCCGGGGCUGGACCAUCCUGUUGGGCCUCUUCCGUUCACAGAUACCAAUCCACGCCCUCUUGGCAACGUUCCUGUUCGUAGUUCACGGUUCUUCCCACAGGCUACGGAACAGUACAAGAAGCCAUCCCUCGAAGAAGACGAUUUUAUUCGCAGUCCCUCACCACCUCCACCGGAGGAAAUGUCGACUCAUCCGGUGUUCACAGGCAAUACCAACAAACCCUUGGUACAUCUUCCUGCGCCAAAGCCCAUUGUCAAACUCCCCCCGAAGGUUAUCGCGCCACCACAACCUCCUCCCACAUUCGCUUCCAUGGCUGCCGCACCACCACGCCCUCAUUUCUCCACUGCUACGUCGUGGCAGGAGAAGAUCAACACCCUAUUUGGCAAAAAGACGGUGCCUGAGAGGAAGACAGCUUUGGCGGUCACGUCAGCCUCCAAAGAACCCCUAGAUGUAUUACAUAUAGCUGCAGCUUCAGUCUCGCUUCCCCAACAUGGCGAGCUGCCCGUAGGAGACGGUGAGAUAACUGCCAAACAGGUUGAAGAAGCCGAAGAGAUCUUUGAGGACCGUGAAGUGGGAUCUUUACCCGUUGUUCGAGUACCUACGAAUGCUCCUCCGGCAGCGUGGCAUGCGGCACCAGCGCCUUCGCAGUCGCGACUACGAGCUAAACAUUCGAAGCUGAUGCAGGUUCAUAGCGUUGAACCAUUUUCAUUCGAUUUUCAUGAUAAAGAUAGUUCGGGAAAUCUUCGCGCUUCCAUCCGCUUUCCAGGUGCAGGUAUUGCGAAAACCGUUAUCCUUCCGAGAAAAGCAGGGAGUCAUAAUCCCCGACCACGUGGAACUUUGAGCUAUAAGCCUCGAAAGAAUACGAAGCUCCGUGAGGGACCUGGAAGUUCGAAUUCCAAGAAAUCAUCUUCCUCGCAAAAGAGCAAUGAAACAAGCUCUCCACGGCACCAGUCACGCAAUGCUUCAUGGGGCCCACGUACAUAUAGCGGGUCUCGCUAAGCGGAGUGCGGAGAUAUCCAUGCGGAAUAAUGUCCCGUUCUUUGAGUUACGUUUCAGGGUUGAAAUGGCAUUUGCCAGGUUUCCAAUAUUCGUUGAGCGUCUU